GGUGUUUCUCAUGGUCGAGAAACCGCUGGAUCAAUGUAAUCAAAGGAUCAGAGUGCUCCAAUUGUUCUACGAACGAAGAGGUUGUUCACCAUGAGCAUCAUUUUCAUUAUGAUAAGACUUUACCCCAGUCCUUUGCCCAUUGACACACCUUGUUUUGUUUCUUAGUUUUGGUUUUGUUGAUUUAUUCAAGUAGAAGCAUCCUCCCUUCUCUACUCGUACUCCUGUCCAUCUUCGACGUUGACUAUUCUCUCAGCAUAAUUGCAUACCGUACUACUUUGUAUAGCAAGAAAUUCUUGAAAAAUGGCCGCCGUUUCUUCGUCUGCUCCUGCGAUGAAGAAUUUUCUGGAGAAGAAAAUCGAUGCCGACUUGGCAGCUGGUGGUAGGACCCAUGGGAAGACCGUCACUACCCGUUUUCCACCAGAACCCAACGGCUACCUCCACGUGGGCCAUGCCAAGUCCAUCCUCCUCAACUUCGGGCUGGCAAAAAAAUACGAUGGUCAGUGCAAUAUGCGCUUUGACGACACCAAUCCAGUGACAGAAGAAACCGAAUACGUGGACAGCAUCUUGACUGACGUACUAUUAUUUCUACAAGUUUUCAUACUACGUCUAGAGUCUACGUAGAGUCUAGCACUUGUAUCUUCCAAUUCUAAAAAGUGCAAGUCGUGUGAGCACCUAAAGACGUGCUAAUAAAGUUCCACCAAGUCGAUCGUUUUGGUGAAAUUCAAAAUCGCUUACUAUAAUUAGGAUAUCACCUCCCUCGCCCUCCCAACUUCAACUAGGUCGAGUGGGUCUGCUCCGCUCUCGAGCUCCCCUGGGUCAAAGACGGAGAGAAGCCUUGGAGAGAUAACUUGUUUUACGCGAGUGACUACUUUGAGCUUCUUUUCCAGUAUGCAGUUGAGCUGAUCGCAGCCGGCAAAGCCUACGUGGACUCCCAGACGCCAGAAGAGGUCAAAACGAAUAGGGAACAAGGGAUUGAUUCGCGAUUCCGGAGUAGGACGGUGGAAGAAAACAUGACACUUUUCCAGGAAAUGCAGAUGGGGAAGCAUGCUGAAGGUACUGAAAUAGCGAUAGCAAGAAAGUGCACAUAUGUUUCAUGAACAUGAUCCUGCUCACCCAACGACGGUGACACUUAAUCCCAUCACAACCACCACCACCACCACCACCACCGCCACCACCACCAGGGGAGGGGCGCGCAACUCGUAAGGUCAUGCUGUUUCCUGUAUUUUUAGUAAGGUGCCUGCUCCCUUCGCGCCCGAGAACCUGGAGGACGUUGAGGACGCUACCCCGUUCGGUUCGGGUUUGUUGUGUCUGUUUUGGUGUCUUCUGUUCCUCAGUGUCGUCAGCCUCCUCUGUGUCCUCUGUUUUGGUGUCUUCUGCUCCUCAGUGUCGUCAGCUUCCUCCGUGUCCUCUGUUGGGUGAGAAACUACGCGCGAGCUAGGUAGUGACCACCCAGGUGCUUGCGGUCGUUCUCACCUUGCCGUCCUUAUGUGGAAAGUCCUGGACUUUUAUGCGAAGCGGUUCGGGUUGGUUUGAAGCGGUUCGGGCUGGCCACCUGAGUGCCUGAAUAUCGUCGGAAGAUGGUCUGGAGAUUGCUCCACCCUCUCGCUGAGGCAGGGCCUCCGGGCCGGCCGGGCGCGGGCAUUGGGGGGCGCGCGGUUUCGCUCUCCACCCUCUCGCGCUGGCAGGGCUAAACGAUGACAAAGCGCAGGGGCCGCGCACUUGUUUGAUGUUGGCUGGUCUUUGGGAUGGAAUGACGUCGAGCGCGGUGCAGAACACCGGCAACCUGACGCGCGCCCAUCAGUUCGGUGAAACUCUGCGAACCAGCCGCGUGCCCCUUAUGCAGGAGGUAAAAGGUGCGAAACGUGUCUACCUUAAGCGCGCUGAAGACAGCGGAACUCGCAAGCGCUGCCGCUGGAGAUAGGACACGCGCCUGCCCUGGCGCUCGGUUAUUGCACGGCGCUGCUCCUCGAUGGGCUGGCGUUCGAUUAGGCCAUCGACAGCCUCCGGCGUCCCGACAUUCCCCACACCGUUCUGGAGGUGGAGGCGCCGCCAUCGUGCCACUGCCAGAAGCCCACGAAGCGGGUCUUCCUCUCUGAUCGGAAGCAUUUUUUUCGCGAAGUCGCUCGUGCCCAAGUCUUUGCAAGGGCGGGAGGCGUGCGUCUGCGAGAAAUCAUUAAAAGCCGGAGACUGCGGCAAGGUGGUCGGCGUCGACAGUGUGGAGACGGAGCGGCAACGGGCGCGGCGGGCUGAUCUCCUGACCUCCGUCGGCCCCAGGUCCCUCCGUCGCUCCGAUCUAACAAGGCGACGCGAGCUGACCUAAUUCCAAACGAGGUGGGUGCGGGGGUCAUGUGUGACGCCUUGGCGUUGUUCGCGGUGGGGGUCGCCGAGUUUCGGCUCCUUCUCAAGACUACGCAGGAAGAAGCGGCUGGUGCUCCGGAUGUGCAUGAUUUUCGGGAAGAGCUCCUGCGGUUCAGCGAGCACCCCGAGAGGAGGCAGACAGCAUAUGCCAGCUGUUUCCCUUACUCCAUCAAGCUCAACGGCAGCAGCGUGAUUUUCACGGAGGGCGGAAAAUUUGGAAAAAACAAGCACAAAGAAGCAAGCGCCAGAGCCCUCUGGGACGCCCGGGACAUGUUGAAGAAAGCGCCUGCGUACCUGGCUGGAUUGGUCGAGUUUGGGAGCGAUGACACCACGCGGGUCGCGUAUGUGUCGCGUUUGCAGGCAAUGCUUCACCUCGCCGCGAGGCAUGGGCUCACUCGGCCCCAUACGUUUCCGGCGGGUGCUGCUGUGUUGCCGGAUCUCUUCCGCGAGAUGAAAGACGGGGCCUGUCCCUUCAGCUGGGAGGACCAUCUUGGAUACUUGAGGGGGAGCGCCGAAACGGGGCUGGUCUCCACGUACGGCGAGGGGCAUCAGGCGGGUGGCUUGGGGGUCUAUAAUGGCACUGUGGCAGCCUCUGAAGCCAUAGCCCGCGCCAUCGCGAACCCGUCCGCUUCGGUCGAUCUCAUCAGGCCCGGGAAUUUCGGGCGGUGUCAUAGUGGGGGCCUUUUGCAGUGCCCACGUGAUUCUUUGGCGUAUGCGUACGCAGUGCGAGCGAAGGAAGACUGUCCACAGCACCGCGCAGCACAGCGGUGCUACGUCCUCCACCACCACCACCACCACCACCACCACCAAAGGUUCCCACUUCCUUCGUGCGAAGAUCGAUAUGCAGAAUCCGAACUUCAACCUAAGGGAUCCUCCAAUCUAUCGUAUCCGAUUCGACCACCAUCACCGUACUGGUGACAAAUGGAAAGUAUACCCAAUCUACGACUUCGCGCACGGUCAGGAGGACGCUAUUGAGCACAUCACCCACAGUAUCUGCACGUUGGAGUUCGAAAACCACAAUAUCUUGUACAGAUGGUUCAUCGACAAUAUACCGAGCAUACCGAGUAAGCCGGAGCAGGUAUUUUGUUUGAGAUUGUGACUCUGACUUGGAUCAUUCACGGUUUUUUUUUUCCGCUUGUGUAGCUCAGUAAUUUGUUUUGUUUGUGUACGUAGAAGCACGUCUUUUUUUUUCUCAUGUGGCGGAGAGUACGUAUCUAUGCUUAUGUACUCCGAAGCAAUUUUCGCAUCGAUUUGCAUCCUUUACUUCCCUCCAAUCCACUUCCACCGAUCCUCACCAGACCGAGUUCGCAAGACUCAACGUUGAGGGAGCAAUGACGAGCAAGCGAAAGCUGUUGCGUCUAGUGAACGAAAAGCGUGUGAUGGGCUGGGAUGAUCCCCGAAUGUUGACUAUCUGCGGUCUCCGAAGAAAAGGAGUCAGACCUCAUGGUAUUUUUGAAGAUCAGUAAUAACGCACUUGGACAAUAGUAGAACGACAUCACUCUCUCAAGAAGAUUGAUAGUGGAGAAACUUUCCUCUUGUUCCGAACGUAACAGGUUUACAAGUUUGCCACUCUCGAAUCUCUUUCUCCACUAUCCCCUAAAGGUAUCAAGCGCUUCUGCGAUAUGGUUGGUGUGACAAAUACCGAUAGCAUGCAGCGAAACGAGGUGCUUGAGGAGGCAAUCCGACUCGACUUGGAUCCGAUCUGCGCAAGAAGAAUGGUCGUCUUGGAUCCGAUUUCAGUCGAGAUCAGCUCAUAUUCUCCCUCCAGCUCUUCAGAAGUGAUUCAAAACUGCGCCAAUCAUCCUACGGAUAAGGCACAGGGUGCACGAGAGGUGACCUUUUCAGGCAAAAUCUUUAUCGAAAGAGAUGACUUCCAGGAAGACGCGCCAGCAGACUUUUACCGGUUCAGCAAAGUUGGGGGAGAGGUAUUUUUAUAGCCUAUCAGAACGACAGAAAUAGAUGUAAAAUCACUUCUAUUGAGAAGAAAUUCUUUCUAUCGACUUACCCAGCAACAUUCUAACUACGUCAAUCAUUAUUUUUAUCACCGCCUUCAUCAAUCCAAGCUAAAAACAGGUGAAGCUCCGCCACAGCUAUGUCAUCAAGCUCGAAGAGAUCAUCCGAGAUCCCAAGACCAACGCUGUUGUCUCCCUCCGCUGCUCGCACGAUCCUGCGACUAGAGACUGCAUGCCAAGUGAUCGUAAGGUGAAGGGCAUCAUCCACUGGGUCGACGCGUCGAAUCACCAGCCGUGUGAGGUUCGGCUGAUCAAUCGUUUGUUCAACGAGUUCCCAGAGCAGGAUGAAAACGGCCAACCUGAAUACGACAUGAUGGAGUAUCUCAAUCCGAACAGCCUGAUCACCUACGCCAAUGCAGUAGCAGAGAAGAGCCUGGCAGAGGAAAUUUUGCCGGCAGGGGGGGUUGCAGUGAUGAACAGUGUUGGAGGAAGUGGAGACGCAGCUUCUGAUCCGUCAGUUGGGACCAACGGCGUCUCUGCUGGUGGCCAGCCAGGCUUCACGGUUCGUCGUUACCAAUUCGAAAGGAAAGGCUUUUUCUGCAGUGACAGGGACUCAACCAAAGAGAAACUAGUCUUCAACCGCGUCGUCCCUCUGAAGGAAAGCAGUACUGUGAAGAACAUGACGGCAUCCAACACGGGCAGUCGUAAAGCAGAGCAAGAGAAGCAACUAGCGGAGAAGGAGCGUCUGCGUAAGAUCCCACCAACAGAGUUCUUCAAACAGGGAGAAUACGAAGGUCUGUACUCGAAGUACGAUGACAAGGGGAUCCCGACGCAUGAUGCGAAGGGAGAGGAAGUGACGAAAUCUGCCAAGAAAAAGAUGGCCAAGGACUGGGAGAAACAGGAUAAACUGCACAAGACGUGGCUGAAGGAACAGGCGGCUUAGGAGUUCACUCGCUCCUCAGUUGAGCAAGCAGCGUAGCAGUAGUUCACAACCGGUUGUCUUGGUAACAGCUGCAAAUGCAGGAAGAACAAGCAACCCGUACAGUGGAACUAGUGAAGCUGUAAGUUUUUCUCUUCUCACUGGAUGAAGCGGCCGCCUCUCCAAUUAUAGCGCAUGAAUACAAUACAGCAAUCCCAAGUUACUGUCGUACUAUGAAAAAUUUCAUGGACCACCUCUGUCUCUGACAGCACACGCGCAAAUGGUGAUAUUCUUCGCAUAAGAAUUAUCGUCUGGUGACCUUUCCACCUUCCAUUUAAUGAUUCUCAUCGAAUCGGGCUACCGUUGACCGGUUCCUCCCGCAUGAUCGUCAU